UGGUGAGAGUUCGAUCGAAUAGCUACAGUCAACGAACGGAUAUCGCGUGUAGAACAAAUAUGUGGCUGUGCAUUUCAGCGCUGCUGUUGCCGGCGAUUCUGGUAUGCGGAGCGGACGGCACCGAAGAAGACGGUGUCAUUAAUGUUGUGAUCAAUCCGAAACACGUGAUCAACUACAUCAGUCAGGAGUUCGUGUGUUUUUCGGCACAGCCGAAAAAUGUGUUCGACGGUCCUCUCAAUCCGAUUAGUGACGCUAGUUUUCAGAUGGCCAAAAAUGUGGGGCCUAUGUACGUGAAAGUUUUCAGUGAUUCCGAUCAGCUGCUGUUGAACAUGGACGGCUCGAGCGAAACGAACGGCGAUGCUGAACUGGUUCAGUUGACCCCGAACGGGUGGAAAGCUUUCGAUGACUGGGCGGAACAGGUUGGAGUGAUUCCAAUUUUCGUGCUGGACUAUAGCGAAUCUAGCUGGAAGCCGAAGCAUGCGUUGAAAACGUUAACCGUAGCGCAUAAGCUCGGUAUUAAGGACUGCCUUUGGCAGUUGGGUAAUGGCAGCGUUACGAAUGCAGUAAAAUACGUUGAAGAUCUGCGUGCGUUGCAGCUGAUCGUAAGGGCGUUCCACUUUUGGGGAAUGGUUGCCUCCGAAGUUAGCCCGAGGGUUGCCGGUGUGGAGCAGGCGCGAUACUUCAACCUACACGUGGAUGACAUUGCUGACGCUAUUGCUGUCAACUUUGAACCUUCUUCGAACGAUUUCCGGCUGAAAGACUUCGUGCUUCAGCGUGAAAUUUUCUUCAAGGGUCCAGCUAGAUCACAUCUUCCUGUGUGGCUAGAUGCAAAACUACCAACGAACAUGGGCUCAAACGGUACCUGCGAGUUAGCCUGCCUUCAGGAUGGUCUCCAGUAUGCCACCUUGCUCGGAGACGCAGCUCGCAACGGUUUCGAUUCCCUUUUUAAAUCUCUGAGCCGAGAGGAGAUCCAGUUCUACAGCUUCAACUACCUGGUGGCACUUUUGCACAGAACGACCAUCGGAUCGAAAGUGUUUGACGUCCGACAGGCCUCACAAGAGGGCUCGCAAUUUUAUGCUUACUGCAGUCGCAGUGGAAACGGAUCGCUUACGAUGAUGGCCGUUAAUCACCUUUCCGAUCCGAUCGAGUUCGACAUCAAACUGUACGUCAAAGAACAAUGUGCGAACAUCCAGGAGUUCAUUUUGACGGCAAUCAAUGGGGUGAUUUUACUGAACGAUGAGACAUUCGAUUUCAACUCCAGUCUGGAACCGCUUACAAAACGUCAAACCCUGCGAAGAGACUUCCGGCUUGAUCUCCCGCCACUUUCCGUCGGUUUCUGGGUGAUUCCCGAGUUGAACAUCCGAGAGUGCAACGACGACUAUCAGGAGUUGCGAUACAAGUACGCCCGAAGUGUAACCGGGUUCGAAAGUUCAAUCGAUCAGUUGUUGCAAGAAUUGAUCGCGGAUCACGCUCGGCAGGACGUUACCCAAUUAAGUCGCAGAAAGCGAUCGCUCAGCAAAAAUUUGCAAGACGUUUUGGCAGGAAAGCUGAAGAGUGAGCUGCAGAAAAAAGCAAAAACCAAUGCGAAAAACAGCGCUGCUAGAGAGCCUCGACAAACGAAGAACUUUCGUCGGAAACAGCAGGUAGUACGACAAAAGGAAAAACGAAUGGACCAGCGCAGCUUGAAACGACAGAAGCGUCCACUGCGGGACCGGGGAAAGCGCCAACUGCGCAAACGAACUCGCCGCAUCAAUCGGCUAGCUCCAAUGUUGGCAAGCAAAAAAAUUAAGCGCUCUUCUCUGGCCGAGACCAGAAAUCAAACUCCGUUGUUUGGCAACAGUCGCGAGGAGGAGAACAAUCGAUCCCAUUUCCCCCAAGGGGACGUUCAUCUGGUCAUUUCAAAAGGAUCGGAGGAUGAGUUGCUCUCUUCGGAAGUGGGUUCAAUUAGAGAAAGGCGACCGAAAAAGUCUCGACGCGUGAAAACGACAGCUGCUAAGGUGCCCAGUGAGGAGGAACUGAGAUUUAUUGUUCCAGAAGUCUUGGAUAUGAAGCAUCCGGUCACGUUCAACAAACGACUACCAGUUGAGAUCGAUCUGGCGGAGUUCACUCCCUUCGAAAGUCUACCCGAUUACAGAAAAAUACAUGCUAGAGGAAGGAAUCGGGAUGAAGAAAUUGAUAUAAAGGAUAUUAAAAUAAUUGAGCCGAGUUUGGGUUCGGUGCGGAAGAUCACCGAAACCACAGCGAGAUCUAUCAAUGCGGGUUCGACGGAUCCAAUCAGUUACUAUCAAGAACCAGCGGAAGAGAUCGUAGAAAGUCGAACGUUGGAAAUUGAAGCAUCGCCGGUCGGUGAAGAUCAACUUUUCUCCUCAGAGCUUACACUUGCAAUGAUGCCCGAAGAUUCCGGAGAAAGUGCCCACGUAGAAGAGUUCAACGAGCGACGAAAACGAUCAUUAAAUUCCGGUGAAAUCGAUCGAAUCGAAGCUUUUUUCAUGAACAGCACAAGCUUCCAGCGGCGAUUUGCCGAAAUUGUUGACAUGUUGCUGGAGUCCAUCGACUGCUGCGAAGAGGAGUACGUCGAUGAUACCGUUCGAGAAGACUCGGUUGAACUACCCGAACAGCAGUUGCAGCGAUCGAAACGAAACGCCCUGCUUCACCCCCGCACGUGGGAGUCUUCAGACCGUACGAACAAUCUGCAUCAGCUAAGGAACUCUCAGGAAUCUCACGAAAAUAUGGUGCCAACAGAACCGAUUAGUCGAUGGCGAGCUAUACUGAAAAACGAUGCCUCCACUGUUAUUACUCUAGAGGACAAAACGACUACCUUCACGCCAGUUACGUCGGCAAGCACAGUAAAGAAUGACGAAGCACCGCCGGGUGUAACGAUGCUACGAACUGUGACCAACUUUGUGAAAAGUGUCUCGAGCGAGUUUCAUCAAGUGAUUUCCUACCUGUUCCCACGAACGUCGACUGAGUAGUUUAAGAAUAAAAAUUAGAUUGUGCUGAUUGGAAAAAAUAUAAAAU